AUCUCACUGCUGGUUGGAUUCAUCAGUGUAAACAAUUCUCCAUGGACAGAUUACAGUGCAUACAGCUACUUCCAGAUUGUCACCAUGUGCGAUUUGGUUAUGAUUUUGUUCUUCUACAUUAUCCACAUUUUCAAAAUCUACAGGAAGCUCACUUGUGUUAGCUGGCCUCUUGCGGAGUUUCUUCAUUAUUUAAUCGGUACAAUUCUGCUUCUUAUUGCAUCAAUUGUAGCAGCAUCCCAGAGUUACAAUUUGACUGGACUUGUGGCUGGAGCGACUUUUGGGUUCCUAGCUACAGUCCUUUGUGUUUUAAGCAUGUGGUCAUCCUACAAGGUUUCGUGCAUCACACAGUCAACAAAAUUGUGGACUUUUUCUAACAUCAGCUCAUCCAGCAUCAAGAACUAUGAACUGCGACUUGAAAAUGUCACUGCAAACACUCCCUCCUAG